AUGGCUUCUGAACCAGAUCCAUCGGUCCAAGACCGCUGGGACACGCACGAUUUCGAUGGCGACCCUGGCCGCUAUCGAUGCCCUUAUAACAUGUUAAACGAAUUUGACUUGGAUGCUUGGGCGACUCCUGAUCCUCGGGUCACGACUUUUGUCGAUAUGGGAGACGCCUUUGCUUCGGAGAUGGGACUGAACCAGUCCUCCAUCCUGAGCCCAGUCGAAUUCGAGAUUAAAGACUCCCCUGUUGAUGGAGGCACCUCCGACGAUGGAGGAUAUCCACCACCACCACUGUUGACGUCAACAAGACGCCGACGCCCACCUGUGCAGUUGUUACUUCGCAAGUCCCGCCAUGCAUCUAUUGCUUGUGGUGAAUGCCGCGAAGACAUGAUUGCUUCUUGUUCCGUCUCUUCCCGGGAGGAAUUGGCGAGCGUCCGGCUUUCGGACCUUGCAACUAUGGAGGACAUUCGCGUCCUAGAUUUCCUUGCUCCAUUUCCUGAAUGUCAGGAUGAUGCACGGAUUGCAUCUCUGAACAAUACCAAGUCAUUGGAUCGCGUCUUCAUAUGGAGACAAGACGAUAGAAUGACGCGGUUGUUGUCUGUUGGCCAAGGACCUGAGUACGUCGUAAAACUUCUCGAUCGGCCAUCUGAACUUGAUAGCGCCCGUCCACAAGAAUUCACACAAACGCAACCAUUCGUAAACCAGCUAGCUCAGCAAAUCGCCGAGUCAACCACCCUUUACCAAUACGACCCUGAUUACCAGCAACCUACAACUCCUGAAACGGAGUCUUACGACCUGUCUGCUGCAACGAUCACCGUUGGCAGACUUACAAGCGAGAACACUACACACCACCCCGGGUUCCCCCCCUCAGUCGCAGUUAUGGCGGUCACUACCACAGGCUGGCCCUACGGGGCCCAGCCGGUACGUGCUGCACCCGAUGCCAUGAACGACAGCAUAUAUCAAAACUCGCCUUUCUCCGAGCUCUUUGAGCUUUCGGACGAGGGCGACGAUUGGGCAAUGCUCAUGCAGCAGGACAUGCUCGCUACGGGCGACUACGACAUGACCACCUUCGACCCUUCCACCAUGGAAACAACUUACCAAACCACCCAAUCUCCUCAGGAAAUCUUCAACGACCCCGCCGUCCAGUUCGAUGUCGCGCAGAGCCUAGGCCCCAACUUCUUUGACUUUAACAGCCCUCUGCCCGACCUCUCCACCUCUGGAUACCUUUCUAGCGACCAGGUUUCCUCCUAUCUGGGCAGCACGAACACCUCCCCCUUCGAGCCCGUCCUCGACUUCUUCCCCGAAACCGACUCAUUCUCCAUGUUCCCGGCAAGCAACGACGGCUCGCCCCUCGACACAACUUUCUCCUCCCCCGGAUCAGACAACGCAAGCGCCCCUUCCAGCUCCUCCCACCCAUACAACUGCACCACCGACGGCUGCACAAAGACUUUCGCCAAGGAGGCCCAGCUGAAGCAGCACCAGCGCGUCCACCGCAAGGCUCUCGUCUGCACCAUCUGCCGCGCCGAGCACCGCCACGAGCACAAGUUCGCUCAAGUGCGGGACCUCGAGCGACACAUGCAGGCGCGCCACAAGGACGUUGCGGAGAAGAACAACGUGCGCUCCGAAAUCCGCCAGUGCCCGCACCAGGGGUGCGAACACCAGGGGAGGCGGGACAAUGUGUCGAGGCACCACAAGAGCAAGCACGGUAAGGAGCUCAAGUGGAAGAGGGGUAUCCCUCACGUGGUGGGUUGA